AUGAUGCAUGGUCCAUGUGGUCUUGCUCGACCGAAAUGUCCCUGCAUGAAAAAUGGUAGAUGUUCAAAGUUUUUCCCUAAAAAGUUCAAUGAAACUACCAUUGUUGAUCAUGAUGGUUACCCGGUUUACAAGAGAAGUUCACAAACUUUUACCGUUACUAAAAACGGUAUUACCUUGGACAACAGAUCUGUGGUUCCCUAUAAUACCAGGUUACUUCUUAAAUAUGAUGCUCACAUCAACAUGGAGUGGUGUAACCAAAUCACCUCAAUCAAAUACCUCUUCAAAUAUAUUCACAAGGGUUACGACCGAAUCACUGCAUCUGUUUCGCGAUCAAGAGCAUCAUGCAGUAAUGCUGAUAAGAUUCAUGGAAGGAAACUGGCUGUUGAACGUAUGUUCUAUCAUCUUAUCGGUGAGAAGCCAUUGUACUAUACUGAUUUUGAAAGGAUGGAAAAUGUUUUAGAAAAAGCAAGUAUAACUGAAUCUAUGUUUACUUCGUGGUUACUCGCAAAUGAUCGGUAUGAGGAAGCACAACAAUUGACAUAUGGGCAGUUUGUUUCUAAGUUUGUAUAUGUCAAGAAAACGCGCUCAUGGAAACCAAGGAAAAAAGGUUUUACAAUUGGAAGGCUCAUUUGGGUUCCACCAACAACUGGGGAACUCUAUUAUCUAAGGAUGAUGCUAACAGUGGUGAAAGGACCAAAAACUUAUGAAGAUAUUCGUAAGGUCGGAGACAGACAAUACGACUCAUUUAGGGACGCAUGCUUCGCAAUGGGUUUCCUGGAAGAUGAUAGAGAAUAUAUAGGUGCUAUUAAAGAGGCCAGCCACUGGGGAUCCGGACAUUUCUUGCGCAAAUUAUUUGUUGUUAUGCUACUUUCUGGGACUGUCAACAGACCAGCAAAUGUAUGGAAGAAAACAUGGAUUCUGCUUUCAGAUGCUUUGGUGCUAACUGAGGAACAAACAAAGAUGUUGACGUUAAUUGAAAUCGAAAUCUUGCUACAAGCAAAUCGCAGGAGUCUUAAAGAUUUCAAGCCUAUACCAUAUCCAGAUGAUUAUGUGCUGCAACAACUGGGGAACCGAUUGAUCUAUGAAGAGAGAAAUUAUGACAUCGAUCUUAUGAGAUCACAAUACCAUGAUCUUUUCACUGCUCUGACAGAUGAACAAAGGGCAAUAUUUGACAAGAUAAUGUUGGCUGUUAAAAAUCAAAAAGGGGGGGUAUUUUUCUUACAUGGAUACGGAGGCACUGGAAAAACUUACAUGUGGAAGACACUCGCAACUGCUCUGCGGUGUAAACAUCGAAUUGUUUUAACAGUAGCUUCGAGUGGAAUAGCAUCAUUAUUAUUACCUGGAGGCAGAACUGCUCAUUCUAAAUUCAAAUUGCCUGUGCCCAAAUUGGAAAACUCUACCUGCAAUAUUGAAUAUAAUGAUGAAUACAGACAGUUACUUCGAGAAACUGAUUUGAUCAUUUGGGAUGAGGCCCCUAUGGCAAGCAAAUACUGUUUUGAAGCACUUGACAAGACAUUAAAGGAUGUUAUGAGUACUGAUAGCAACUCUGAGGUUAUUUUUGGUGGAAAGGUAGUAGUAUUUGGUGGAGAUUUUAGACAAAUCUUGCCUGUUAUUCCUAGGGGUAGUAGAUCCGAUAUUGUUCACGCUACUAUAAAUGCGUCUUAUAUAUGGCACUCAUGUCAGGUUUUGACUUUAACCAAAAAUAUGCGUUUGAAGGGUGGUCGGACUGAUGAGGAAACAAAAGAAAUUGAUCAGUUUUCAAAAUGGCUAUUGAAAUUGGGUGAAAGGCGACUUUGUGAGCCUAACGAUGGUCAUGCUGAAAUUGACAUUCCACGUGAUAUGUUAAUAGAACAGUUUGAUGAUCCUAUUGUUGCAAUUGUUGACAGUACCUACCCUGCUUUUUUGGAUAACUUUAGAUCUUUCGAUUACUUGAAAAGUCGGGCUAUAUUAGCAUCAACAAUUGAAGUUGUUGAACAAAUUAAUAAUCAUGUUCUAAACAUGAUGCCAGGGGAAUCCAAAGAUUAUUACAGUUUUAAUUCUGUUGAUCGUUCAGAAAUUCAUGAUAACAGCAUUAUGGGAGUUCUGACACCUGAGUUUUUGAGUUCUCUACGAACAUCGGGAUUGCCCAGUCAUAUCAUAACAUUAAAGGUUGGAACCCCGAUAAUGCUUAUGAGAAAUAUUGAUCAAUCAGAAGGUUUGUGUAAUGGGACUAGAUUGAUAGUCACGAAAAUGGCAAACCAUGUUUUAGAAGCAGAAAUAAUGAGUGGUAAGGGCCAUGGAAAACUUACUUAUAUACCAAGGAUGGAUAUGUCUCCAUCGCAGUCACCUUGGCCUUUCAAAUUGAAUAGAAGACAAUUCCCAAUCAUUGUUUCCUAUGCAAUGACCAUCAACAAAUCACAAGGUCAAUCUCUAGAUUGGGUGGGACUUUACAUACCAAAAGAUCUUUUUAGUCAUGGCCAACUUUAUGUGGCCAUUUCCAGGGUAACAACCAAAAAAGGGAUCAAAAUUUUGGUACAUGAUGAUGAUAAGAAACCAAAGUCUACAACAACAAAUGUUGUCUACAAAGAAGUCUUUGCAAACAUUUAA